AUGCCUCCGUAUAACUACUCGCCCGUCUACUUAUCGCCGCCUCCUGCGCCACCGUCAUCUUAUGGCGAGCCCAGUUCCUCAUGGCCAAUACCUACGUUCGAGUUGCGAGUCGAGGAUCUCGCCCAUCCCGGCGCGCGGAUGUUCUUGGAGAGCACUCAGCCCGCGGACGCGCUGAAGGACGCAGUAGUCGCUGUAUGCAGCUCGCUGUAUACGCAUGAAAGCGUGCCCAUGAACGUCCGCAGCGUCCUCCUGGUGCUGCGCUCCGGGAUGGGCGUCCCCGCGUACACGACCGGCGGGCCCACACACAAGGAGAUCAACGUCUCCCUCGACCACAUCCGGAACUGCGCCGUACGGGCCAAGGACGAGAUCCUGGGCGUGCUCACGCACGAAAUGACACAUUGUUAUCAGUACAAUGCACGCGGGACAUGCCCCGGGGGCUUCGUCGAGGGCAUAGCAGAUUGGGUCCGAUUACGUGCAGGUUUCGUUCCGCCACACUGGAAAGCAGGCCGAGGAGAUAAAUGGGACGCGGGGUAUGACUCCACCGCGUACUUCCUCGAGUGGAUCGAGAGCCGGUACGGCUGUGGUACCGUCCGUGAGCUGAAUGCGACGAUGAAGGACAAGGAGUACACUCCCGCUAUAUUCGAGGAACUGACAGGGCAUGACGUGAAAGGGUUGUGGAAGUUGUAUGGAGAAUAUCUCGCUACCAAUCCAAAGAGCUCUUGA